UAUUCAUUUGCUGUAAUCCUAUUUCAGUCCCGUCUUACUUAACAACCUAUUUUCUUUCUUCUGUGCAAAGACUGCUGGGAGUGUGUAAUUGUCUUCCUCUUAGUUUAUCAAUUUGUGCCCAUAAAACUCUUGCAAGAUCAGCUUGAGCAAUCCUUUCAGAGCCAAAGUUUAAGAUAACCCUUUCAGUUUGUUGGUAGUUCUCUUAAAGGAUAAAGAGUUGUGAGUUUGCUAAAAUAUAUGCCUUGAAAUAUUUUAAUUCACUUUGAAAAUGUGAUCUCUGAAUAUCCACAUCUUUGUUACGUAAAGGGGCUAGCAGCCUCAUGAUGUCUUUGUUUACAACUAUACUAUCCUCUGUGACAAAGGCAGUAUCAUAUUCCAGUUCUGGGUUGGUUGCUAGGGCACAGUGAAAAACUGUGGAGUAGAAUAGUUUAUAAUCCAAUACACUUGAAAUAACUAGAAAAGCAUUCAUAUAUUAGAGUGGUUGGUUCUGUUGAAGGUGGCCUAGUGGCACCACUUUGUAUGGUAAUGAAAGGAAACUUCCAGCUUCCAUUUCCACUCCUCAGCCCAGUACAAACAGAGGCCCCAAAAUGAUGCUCAUGCAGUGUUCAUUCCUGCAAGUUGUUGGACAUUCCAGUGAGGUAUUUACUGCCCUCAAUUCCCACUUUCUUCAAUAGGGGUUGAAAAGAUGUGGCACUUUGCAGGAUUGUUGUGUCUUUGGAGUAUUGAGACUUUGGAGUGGGGAAUAGCACUCUGUCUGUCAUUCAACAACAACCCCUUUGCCAAACAAGGUGAGGCCCUGACAGACUCUGGAAAAAGUCUUGCUAGUUCUGUGAGUAGCAGAAAAGCUGUGACAGCAAAGUGAGGCCCCAAGGGGCCAGAUCCCGAUCCCAUUGAAGUUGAUGGGAAUCUCUUCAGUUUGUUCACUGGGUUUAGGAUUAGGCCUCAAGUAUGGAUGGUUCAAAGCUAAGGGAAGACAACAGGGCAGGCAAAAUGGACCAGUACACUACUCUCUGAAACUGGUAUUGAGGGGAAAAUAUAAUACAAGUAUAUUUUAAAAUGUAUUAAAAUUGCAUCCCUACUCUAUAUAUAUUAUCAUUCUUUAUUUAAGCAAUAUUUUCCUGUGAGACUUUUUUUCUUCUUUUAGCAGAUCAGAUUAUCAUGCAGAUUUGGAUAACAUCCAUAUUAGAGUAAUGGGCCUAAUUCUGAUAAAACUUACAUCAGUAGAGUUCAAGAGUAACUCCAUUAACUUCCAUGAAGUUACACUAGUGUAAAAAUCUGUGGGAAAAUAGAAUAAGGCCCACUUUAUGUAAGCAUGCAUAACACUUUCAAUUAUUAUAACUGGAAUUAUUUAUUAACUAAUUUACUUUUAUUUAUGUGGUUUGUUUACUUUCUGCAUUUCACUCAAUUUGGACAAAGGAAAAAGAUGAUUUCACAUUUAUAGUUGGUAGCAGUGUUUGAAAGGCAAACUUGUACAUGCAUAUUUAUUUGUUUCUGUGCUUAAUUUGGAAAUUAUAAAUGUUUAUGCAUAUUUAUACUGAACCUAUAUUGACUUAAAAACUUACUUCUUCUGAACAUAAAUAUGGAUAUAGAUUUAGAGAAAUUCAAUGGUCAAGUUUUAAGAUAUGAUUGUUCUUCUAUUAUAUGAUGACAGGUUGAAUGUGAUGCUGAAGACAGCAUAAUGAAAUUACCCUAUGUGCACCAAACUCAACUACAAAGAUAUUGUACCAGCAGUGCUAAACUUAAAGUUGUGUCACACCCUUAUUAAUGGCUACUUGCUGAAAUUGAUAACUUCAAGAAAAUAUACUCCAACCUGACACUUACUAUAUAAUGGAUCUAUUCUACAAAGCUGCAGAGGAUAAUUAAUAUAGACCAGUCGGUAGCUUUAAUUUUACAUUUAUAUUCCCAUAAAAGUAAAAGUGAUUUUAUUGUUAUUGAUAACUUGCAGGCUACUUGCCUUGGUAAUUUUUUAAAUUUAAAAAUGUCUUCUCUGCAGACCCAAAGCCUUCCUCAUGGGAGCUAUACACACAUUUAUGGCAGACAUGAGAGAUAUUGUCACUAAAAACCAUUUCCAAGCUGAAAGGAUUUUGAGACUAGAUAUUCAUUAGAUACAUAUUAUGUCUGCACUCAAAUUAAUGCACACAACUCCUAUUAGUGUCUUUAAAAAAAUGCAAGUACCUGUAACCUUACACAUAUAAGCAACUGCAUUAAACUGAUUAAAAAAAUAUAGUGUAUAUAAACAUGAGUAACCAUUUAUUAUGUUUAUAUGCACCUACACCUGCACAUAUCCAAAAGCAGAUUUCAGUCAUAUUUAAUGAACAAUCAAGAGUUCUUUAAUGUCCCUUCAUUGUGGUAGCUCCUGUCAGUACCUUAAGGACUUUUGUCCUCUGAAUAUAAUAUUUGCUAAGUAUUUUAACAGCGGAGAUAUGAAAUGAAUGCACGAAAAUCUAAUUUGUGCCCCCUCCCUCCUUUGGUCCAAAGACGACAGCAAGCAUGCAUGGUUAAUAGACUGGGUUGGGCAAUCAGAGGGAGUCUCUUCUCUGCGUAUUACGGUACAAGGGUUGGCCCUCCUCUGGUCCACCUGCCACAGGGUUUAAAGUUUCAGCCGAUCGGGAAAUACAAUGACUUGGAUCAAACGGCCUGGAGGGGAAGCCUGAUUAUACCAGGGAAGUGGAUAAACUGUAGCUAUCUUGGGAGAAGACGGAGAGAGCCCGUCGGCGCGCACAUGACAGGCUGUAAGCAGCUCAGCCUGCAUCCUGGAAGCCCAGGGCAGUGAGGACGCAGCAGACGCAGGGCUACAUGGGGGAGGGGGGUUAGGCGCCUGCUGCAUCUUGCCUUGACUCCUUCCAAAGGCCAGACCCUUAUGCAAUGAGCAGCCCGGCGCAAUCCACCCGUUAGAGCAACACGAGGCGCAAGCACAAGGAGGGCGCGGGGCAGCCUCCCUGGGCGGAUUUUUUUCUUGCUGUAUUUCGUCCGAGACAGUUGCUUGCUUUGCAGCUGGUGACAGAAAAGGGGAGGAAGCGGCCGAAGCGGUUCGCAAAUCCGACAGUGCGGCUGGCGAGCUGCGCCUCAUGUCUCCUGCGGGUCACCUGCCCGGCUUGUCCGCCCCUCUCGGGGCUGCCGCCGGGCUCGCACAGACUCUGCUCACAUGGAGAGGUCGGUGAGCCCGGGCCACUGCGGCUAGCGCCGGCUCCUCCGCUGCGCCUCGCUCGGAAAACCCUGCUGCGCACCAGCGAUGGAAGACGGCCCCCUCCCAGACCUGCGCGACAUCGAGCUGAAAUUGGGGCGCAAAGUGCCCGAGAGCCUGGUGCGCUCGCUGCGCGGGGAGGAGCCCGCUGCCCGGGACCGGAGCGGCGGCGGCUUUUGCCCUGCUUCAGCCCCUGGGGCCUCCCGGCUGAGCAGCAGCGCCAGUGCCCUGGAGAGACUGGAAACCAAACUUCACCUCCUCAAGCAGGAGAUGGUUAAUCUCCGAGCCACUGACGUCAAGCUCAUGCGCCAGCUGCUCAUCAUCAACGAAAGCAUUGAAUCAAUAAAAUGGAUGAUUGAAGAGAAGGGAGCCAUUACCAGCAGAGGCAGUAGUUUGAGUGGCAGCCUUUGCAGCUUGCUGGAAAGUCAAGAGACCUCCCUGCAGGGCAGCUGUAACAGUUUACAAGACUGUAGUGAUGGACUGGAUGGAAUAUCAGUGGGGAGUUACCUGGACACUUUGGUGGAUGACAUACCAGGUCACCAUACACCUUCAGAUUUAGAACAGUUCACUGAUACUUCUGUGCUAGAGGACUCUCAACCCCUGCACAAGCAUCCACAAAUGGAGUCUGAUGAAUACUACUGUUUUGGUUAAUAUAAAGGACAUUCAGAGGGACGUGUGUGCACUUGUAUUCAUCUUCCUCCUUUGCUGCUAUUUUAUUUCAUUUUGUGUGCAAAAGAAAAAAAAUCCUUUUUAAAAGGAAAACAUACUUUGAAUUCACUUUAGAAUUUUGCUUUUGCUUCCAAAUUUUCUCGUUUUGGGUGGUGUGUUUGCUUUUUCCUUUUCUUUAUCUUAAUUUAUUUCUGUGGGUUUGGGUUUUGUUUUAUAAUCCUAUAUUUACAGUUUUAAAAAAGGGGAAAGAAAUGAGCUUUUAUCUUCAAAACCAGACAUCAGGGAUUGAAAGUACCAAUUUUUAUGUUUGACAAUAAAACAUAUUCUGAUA